AUGGCAACAGCAGCGACUUACUUACCGGUCCCUCCACCAGUCUUGAAUGCCUCUAUUCAGGAAAGCCUACCUGAAGGGUUGGGCCAAAAUGGAGGAAGAGUCUCUACUGAAAAGAUCGGAUUCUUACGCCCCACGCCUGUAACGAUGCCUAUCAGGGAGAUGAGGCAGCGUCUCAAACAGGAUGGCUACCUCUUUGUCAAAGGGCUAAUUCCCCGUGAUGAUGUCUUGGAUGCACGAGAGAACUAUUUCGGCCAAUACUUGUCAACCUCCUUCCUAGAACCUGGAUCAUCUCCCCGAGACGGCAUUUUCAAUUCUUCAUCCGACCCAGACUCACACAAGGGUAUUGGUGGAAAUGGACUACCCGCGGAUCAGAGAGAAGAGAAGAUUCUCAUCGAUGCCCACAAGAACUUGAAAUACCGAGCUUUUGUCGAGCAUCCGUCCUUGACAGGAUUCAUUACAAAAAUCAUGGAUUGGAAAGAUCAUCAAAUACUAGACCGAACUAUGUUACGGCAUAACGUGCCAUUUGGUAAGGGAACGGGUAUACAUUAUGAUAAGCUGUUCUUGAGAGGCGGCGAUGGCUUCUUUCUGACGGCCUGGGUUCCCAUUGGUGACAUAUCUAUUAACGGCGGAGGUCUUUGCUAUCUAGAGAACUCUGUGCCUCUGGGUCGCGCAAUCGAAGAUGAAUAUAACAACCGCGCAGAAUUCAUGACAGAGGAGGAGCGCAUCUCGGCAUUCAACGUGAAUAUGGUUGUUGGUGGAGGCAUGAUUUCACAUUCUCCUCAGGAAUUUCAGGAGAUGCACUCUGCUCAUGGGAUACACAAAUGGCUAGUCACCAGCUAUGAAGCCGGCGAUGUGGUGUUCCAUGACCCAUAUAGUAUUCAUGCCAGUGGACGCAAUGAAGACUCAACAGGGCGGAUUCGUUUAAGUACGGAUCUAAGAUUUUACGAGAAGGGUGAUCCAAAUGCUGAUAAGAGAUGGUUCAAGAUUUGGACUCCAGACGAUGGGCUCUAG